CUUUCCAGUACCUACUCGAGAAUUGGAUAUUUCAAUAAAUUAUAAAUUUAUUCCUAAAUUAAAUUGCUAACAAUAUAUUUAUAACAUUGAGUUAAAAGUAACUACUGCGACUACAAAAUAAUUUUAGUUAUUGUUUGAAAUGAUACUGUAUAAAGAAACAAAAAUAUUGUGAGCAAGCAUCAAGUUGCCGAAGAUCGGGAAAAUUUAAGGGGUUGUUACGCUCUUUAUUUAGUUUUGGUUUUAACAAAUUUAAUUGCUAUGUCUGGAAGAAGGAAAGCUCCUCCAACAGGUUUCAACUUCAAUAAAGCUCCAGAACAACCUGUGUAAGUCGAUCUCUUUACGUACGUAUUAUACAAUAUAAAAAGAAACAAAUUACUACGUUUAGUUCAAGUAAGCUCUUCAAAAUUAUACCAAUGGGCUGAAGCAGUAUAAAAUAAAUAUUACAUAAUCUUGAAAUGGAAUGGAAAAAUCUAUCAGAGAAAUCCAAGAAUUUGUAUCUUGUGCUAGGAUUUUAUCCAACUAUGUGAAGUUUAAUAAUUUAAUAACUAUGUAAAGAAACUAGAUAUUUAAGGGCUCCGCCGAGGAACUUGGAUAAGCAAACUACUAUAACAAUUGAUGAUAAAACAUUUACUGUGCAUGCUGAUGAUCUUGUAAAGAUAUGUGACCUUGGCCGGGGUGCAUAUGGUGUAGUAGAGAAGAUGCACCACAAACCUAGUGACACCAUAAUGGCAGUCAAGAGAAUUGCCUUUAACAAUCAGUCACAGGAGUUAAAACGAUUGCUAAUGGAUUUAGAUGUGUCCAUGAGAGCUAGUGCUUGUCCAUACACUGUACAUUUUUAUGGUGCCAUGUUUAGAGAAGGUGAUGUAUGGAUUUGUAUGGAAGUGAUGGACAUGAGUCUUGAUAAGUUCUACACAAAGGUCUACAAGAACAACAGAACUAUACCUGAAAAUAUUCUUGGAAAAAUUGCAUUUUCAGUUGUGAGCGCAUUACACUAUUUGCACUCAAAAUUGAAAGUAAUACACAGAGAUGUGAAACCAUCUAACAUUUUAAUUAACAGAAAGGGGGAAGUAAAAAUGUGUGACUUUGGUAUAUCAGGGUAUCUUGUUGACUCUGUCGCAAAAACAAUAGAUGCUGGUUGCAAACCGUAUAUGGCACCAGAAAGGAUUGACCCUGCUGGCAAUCCUGGCCAGUAUGAUAUCCGUAGUGAUGUGUGGUCACUGGGUAUAUCAAUGAUAGAACUUGCUACUGGUAAAUUCCCCUACAGUUCUUGGGGUACACCAUUUGAACAGUUGAAGCAGGUUGUUAAAGAUGACCCCCCAAGGUUGCCUAGUGGCCAGUUCUCAGCAGAAUUUGAAGAUAUGAUAGUAAAAUGUUUACAGAAAGAUUACAAACAAAGACCUAAUUAUGAUGCACUUUUGGCACACCAAUUUUGUCUAGAGCAUAGUCAAAAGGAAACAGAUGUAGCUUCCUUUGUGCAAGAAAUACUUGAUUUGCCUGAUGAGUCCUAGUAUUAAGAAAUUCUUUAUUGAGUACCAUUAAGUACAAGUGUUUAGCGAUUACUAACCGUAAUGUAGAUUGUUAUAGCAGAGAAUUU